AUGCCCAAAAGGAGAAAACGCAAAAAUGUCGAUAAUGAGGGACCGUUGAACAGCGGGAAAAAAUUCAAAACAGAAGAUAUUGAAAAUGUGCUACCGAAUGACAACGAUAAAGUAUAUAUCAACUGUGUUUCAAAGGAUACAGCAAGCGAUAUAUUGAGGGCGAUCGAGGAUCAUCUAAAAUUUUCGAGUAAAAGGCUCAGUGCCGCGAAACUGCAAACAGAAUUACAGCGGCAUUUUGCAAGCAUCGACGAGCAUAUGUUAGUGCAUUCUUUCUCACUGUGUUGCCUCAAUUCAGGCCUCUGCGGAUUUACAAAUGGCUCUUUCAUAUGCAUUGCCAAUACGCUGGGUAUGGCGGAGCUGCCGAUGAAUAAGCUAAAGCGUGUUCCCGAAUUGAUUGUUUUUGCGCCUUACACGGAGGCCCAGUUACGGGUUAUCAUAUCACAAAAAUUGAAUUUGCUUGUCGAACAUGGGUCAUUGCCACUUUUUACUGAUUUUAGAAAACAAAUAACAAUGCAAGUGCCGUUGAACUGUGCGCAAGGAAAGUAG